CGUGGGCGAUAGGAAAAGCAAGUCCCCGCGCGCUUACCGGCGCGCAAUGUGGCAUGAUCCAGUCCCAGUAUCCAACGCAAGCAAGCUGUAGCACAUUUCAUUUCAGAUCAGCCGCGGGGUGAAUGAACAUGCCUCCUGAUUCGAAAGAUCUGUCCUCUUUAAAAGACAAAUCUCUUUCGUUUCAUAGAUUGCAUGCUACAGACUUGGAUAGGAUGAAGGGAAUUUAUUUAUCCGCUGAAGAGCUAAGAGGUUUUGACAAGUACAAGUACAAAUCGGAAGACACAUCACCCUUGUCAAACUACUUAACUCAUCCUUUUUGGAAUUUUGUUGUGGAGUUCUUUCCCAGGUGGCUGGCACCCAAUGUUCUCACAUUCAGUGGUUGGUCUCUCCUGUUCAUGAUCUAUGCAGUAACAUGUUAUUACGAUCCUCAUUUUACUGCAGCAGGUGAUCCAGAUGAGAGCAAAAGACUGCCAUCCCUGUGGUGGCUUAUCUUUGCAGUAGCACACUUUGCUGCCCAUACAUUUGAUGGUUGUGAUGGCAAGCAAGCUCGCAGAACUAACUCCAGUUCUCCUCUGGGUGAAUUGUUUGAUCAUGGACUGGACAGCUCGGCAGCUUUUCUUAUUCCCAUUAGUCUGUUUUCACUCUUUGGUCAUGGUCCUCACAGCGUUUCUCUGUGGGAGCUAUAUCGACUGAUGUUAGCUUGUUUGGCUGGAUUUUACAUGGCCCACUGGGAAAAAUACAACACUGGGACUUUGUUCUUACCAUGGACUUACGACGCAAGUCAGAUAGCCAUUGCAUUUGUGUACCUCUUAACAUUUUACUAUGGAGUGGAUGUGUGGAAAAUUGAGUUAAUUGAAGGUUUCCCUUUAUCCUUUGUGUUUCGGUGGUCAGUUUAUGGAAGUUCCCUUAUCCUUACACUUGCUAUGACGCUGUACAACUUAUACCAAGCUCGUAUUUCCAAGACAGACCGUGGGCUGCCACUCCUUGAGGGUCUUGUUCCUCUUCUGUCGUUCUUUCUGCUAAUUUUCCUAUUUUUUGCCUGGGCCAUCCUAUCUCCUGCCAACAUUCUCGAGAUUCAGCCACGGAUAUUUUUCACAGCUACUGGGAUUGUUUUCUCCAAUGUGACGUGCCGAUUGAUUGUGAGUACAAUGGCCAAUCAGCGAUGUCAAGCCGUCAAUGCGAUGUUUUAUCCUUUGUUCAUCUGGGUGCUUAUUGUACCCUUUGUAAGAUCAACUGAGUUAGAGGUCGCAAUUCUCAUUUUAUACACUGCAGCAGUAGCAGCUUGUCACAUCCAUUAUGGAAUAUUCUUGGUACGUGAACUGUGUGACCACCUUCACAUCAGUUGCUUUUCACUCAAAAAACAUUGAUGAAACCAGUUGGAAGUCAAGAGCUGUCUUCACUAGAAUUUAGCAGACAGAGAAUGAAUCACUUGUUUCUUUGUGCAGACAAAUGGACAGAGAUUUAUGUGAAUGUAGCAUUCAAAGCAGUGUUAGUGAAUACAAUGCUUCCACUUGCACUCUAAUUGCAGAAUGCUAAUUCUAAUUAACAAUUAGACUAUGAGCCCAAGUUUUCUAUGAGUGAAUAGUCAACAAGGCGUAGCAGAGUUGAUAGUUGCUCAUAGAAAAUGAGGGCAAGUAGUAUAAUUGUUUUAGUAGACACUCUACAGGAUUACAGCACAAAACCUGCAAUUUUGUGUAUUUUAAGCCUCAACCUGUGAAUAAUUUUCAUUUUCAAGAGCAGUGCAUGUGAUCAUUGUCUAUCAGCCAAUAGAAAACAAUGAGAACUAAUCAGAUUCACGGGUUUCCAAUAAAACACGGUUAAGUGGCUACUAAUAAUACUAAUUAUUUAUAGUGUAAAUCUGAAAAGCUUGAAGACUGAUAGGACUUUGGCAUAAUCAAACCACGGGGAUGACAUGUAUAUUUACCAUCGGGGUUUGUAGUAUAUUUAUCUCACAUCAUUUUGCUUGUUUUCCUUUACAACACAUUAGUACUUCACCAUUCUAUUCAAUAGGCCCUUUACACCAUCGGGUCACAUGGUACAAAAUCACACAUGCUGGGACGCAAAUGGCACAGUAAGACUUCCAAAACAAA